CUGUGCUUUGUUUUUGCGUGGCAGUGCAACGGCAAGAACGCUGUGACGUGAGUGCCAGUCGUGCCACGAUACCACGAUACCGGCAUACACAUGGGCACAGGGGUGCAGGAUGCUGUUGCAUGCUGGGAACUGUGUGUUUGCUGUGCUGUUUGCGACGGCUGUUUGGGUGCCGUUGGUCGCAACUGCUACUGGAUCGGGUGCGACGAUCACCUUCACACGCAAUGAUCUUGUGACCAUGAGCAUCAACACAUCGUUCUCGCUCUUGCCACAGCACGAGUGGCUCGUGCAGCCGGUCCAGGAUGCCAUCAACGCUGUCGCAGCCACGCUCAAGGUGCUGCCAGAGAACAAGAGACGAUUUGUCUGGGAAGGCAGGAUUACAUGUGAUGGCCAGGGUGAAACUGCGACCGUGUCGUGCACAGGACCUGGUGACCUCGACGUCCCUGCCAGCCACACAACCUGUGGUAGCAGCCACAUGCUUCGCACGGACCUCGCCCUGUACGUCGUGGAGCGGGACUGCGGCGCCAACACAGCAAGCAGCAGCGACAGCACGUCACCGCCCAUCCUGGCGUCUGCAGCCGUCUGUCGGCGAGGGCAUCGCACGGGUCGCCCGACAGCUGGCGUCGUUCGCCUGUGCUCAACCUACCUAGCAUCUCGUUCACCGGAACGCAGCGAGCAGUGGGACGUCGCACGACUCGUCCUGCACGAGCUCGUGCACGUCCUUGUGUUCGAUCCAUCCUCCAUGUUCAGAUACUUGCGGUGCGACACGGGGCAGAACGCCAACACAGGCAGAGACGUGGGCAGCACCGCCGAUAAUCCAGCCACCAGCAUCCUUGGCGGCAACGGCAACGGUAACGAGGGUCCCAUGAGCAGGCAGGAAGGCGCAGUGACGCAGAACAUCACGUGCGCGCCAUACAGCGUCGGCACCGGUGGGCUGCCAACCCUCGACGGCGUGUUGGCGCGAGUCAGUGGGGUGGGCCUGCUCGCAACGCCCCGGGUACAGGUUACUGCUCGCCGCCACUUUGGCUGCACAUCGACGAACGAGGCGCCGGUGUUUGGGCUGCCGCUUGAAAUGGAGGGGAGCGGAGAUGGCGUGGCAAGCUCGGCUGCUGGACGGCGGCAUUUUGAGGAGCGCGUGCUCGGUGGCGGGGAGCUGCUCGGACCGCGGUGGGAGGGCGCAGAUAGGGAAGACGCGCGCCUCUCGACCUUCGUCACGGCACUGCUGGCGGAUUCGGGGUGGUACUUUCCAGUUGACGUGGGGUAUGCUGUGCAAUGGGGCGCCGGCGAUGGGUGUGGCGUGAUACAGCCUGGCGUGUGCCUUCGUAGCCCUACACCUGGCCACUGCCCGGCAGCAAACGCGACCGUGUGCCACCCUAACGGACGACACAAGGCCCGCUGCACAAUCACCCCGUUUUCUGACGAAUGCCCCAUCCCCGUCGUUGUCCAGGACGGCAGCUGCCAGUACCCCCACACUGGCUCGGCACUGUCGACAACACGGCCGCUCGCAUCGAUUGCCAUCCAAAGCACCGCCUCGCGAUGUGUGGACGCUAUCGAAACACCCAUCACAUCAGACACAACAGCCACACCACGGCUGCCAACAACCAGCAGCAUGCUGUCCUCCGUCCCCACGUGUUUGCAGUUCGCAUGCUUGGGUGGCAGGCCCUAUUUCACCGCCAAUGCGCACGCAGCACCCACGCGGGCGCAGCAAGAACAACAAUCCCCCAGCAGUAGCAGCAGUGACAGCGGUGACACUCGGGGUCGAGCAUCGCGAGCGUGGCUGCACGCCGCCUGCCACAACAGAACACGCGCACUGCUCUUUACAUCUGUCUCAUUCACGUGUCCGCUGUGGGGAGCAGAAGAGUGCGAGGGGCACUGGACACAGCGACAAAGACAUACACUCUCGUUGACAGUGACAGCAGCUUCAAGAAGAACAGCAGCAUCAGAUGAAACAGAGGCAGCGAGCACGCACACGAGCACGCACAUGAGCAGCAGCAGCAACAGCAGCAACGCGUUCGCUGGUGUCGACCAUGUGCGAACACUGGUCGAAGCAGCCUUCAACGUGAGUCGCGUCGUCAACGCCAGCGACGGCAGCAACAGCAGCGGCGGCAGCAGCACCAUGGGUCGCGUCGAUAGCGACACGCCGUGCAGAGAACAGUGGUAUGUGCUGCCGGGUGCAAGUCAAGAUCAUGCAGUGGUGUAUGUUGUGGACGGAAGUGGGGCUGAUGGGUGCGUCGACCUCGACACAGCCACACAGCGGCUGAUGGCAUUGGUGGCAACCGCGCCAACCCUCAGUUACGCGACAGACGACCCACGACACCGCCCCUCCCGAGGUGCAGCCAGCAGCGCGUGGCGGUGGGCGCUGGUGGGCGUGGUUGGCGCGUGUGUGGUGGGAGUCGUGGCGGUGGUCGUGCGAUGGCAGCCGCCGUCAGCGUACCACACGUUCACGCCACGCGUGUCAGAGGUGGUGGUGGGACAUGACGUUAACAGUGACGAGAGCACAGUGGUGGCGAAAAGGGGUGGCUCCGCCAGGACGGCCACUGGCAUCAGCAGCAUCAGCAUGGGGAGCACGUCCAACAGCGGCAGCAGUGUGGGUUGGGCAGGCACGACGGGUGGCUGUCACGUGGCUGACAAGGCCACAGAUGGAGACAGUCGUGGACCCACGGACAUGGGAGCGACGGGUGCUGCGGGUGGAGCAACGGCAAUCCUGGGCUCGACAACAGCAAGGCAGGCGUGGAUCUGA